GUUAGCCUCGUUAAUACAGGUAGCGAAAUCCACAGAGAGAGAACGGAUAAAAAAAACCCAAAGAAAUCCAGAGACAGAGAGAGAGAACAUAUAUAUAAGUAUAUACAUUGAGAGAGAGGGUUGUAUUGUGAGAGAGAAAGAGAGAGGCAUUUUUGGAGAGAGAAACCCAACGAGAACUCAAUCCAUCCUUCCUCCUCCUCCAUUUCCAUUAGAUUCUGCUCUAAAUCACAAAUGCCUGAAACCCUCCUAGGGUUUUCCACCAGGAUCGUCGCCACAAAUGAGAGAAAAUUAUCUUUGUUAUAUGCAUCAUUCAUCGUCGCGACGUCGCCAAAUUCUAAUGCAUUAGUCGUGUGCGUAAGUGGAUCCGGAUACCUAAAUUAAAAAAAGAAAAAUUCUAAUGCAUUGGUGGCAAUCCCCCUUCUCUUCUCCCUCCUCCACCUCCUCCUCCAAACACCACCAACAUUCCGACGAUAAUGUCCUAAAAAAAUUAUUCCCCCGCCGCGCCUUCCGCUCGCAGCACCGCGGCCGCUCCACCAAGCUCCGUUACCGGAGCGCCGACGACACCGCUCCCGACGACCACCGUCACAACACUCUCUGGAGGUCCCCCAGCGCCAGCACCAGCCAGCCUCAUUCCUCGUCGUUCUCCUCGUCCCCGUCUCGGCCGUCACCGGUGGUGCCGCCGCAACCCCUGCCUCUUCCCGUACUGGAGGAAUUGCUCCGCCGCGACGCCGCCGCAGCGUCUCCCUCGACGAGCUGGAGCCCGGCAGACCUACCUCUUCCGUCGCCGAAGCAGCGGCCUAAUACAGGCCAAGAGGAUGGGGACAGAGAAAGAGGAGACGACGGUGCGACCCCUGCGAGCAACAAUGCUUGCCACGAGUGUCAAAGACACAAAGAACAUGCAAAUACUCGGCGAUCAGUGAAGGCUCCUCAAGAACUGAAUUGUAUUGAAAGACAUAGGGACCCCUAUCUUUUCAGCAUACCCAAUAGUGCUCCAAGUAGUCCUUUCUCAAGUCCAUCAAGGAGCCCUCAAAGAAUUCCUAGGGAUAUUUUCACAUCGCCCGUUUUUAAAUCUCCUAAAGUAUUCCAAGCUUGGUCUGCUCCAGAAAUGCGCCCAUUAGAUACCCAUGUAGGGUCAGCGUUUUCAUACCAGAUGUCCCCUGAGGGAAAAUCUGCAUUCAGCGUCGAGAGUUCUCCUCUGCACAGUCCCAGAGUGAGUCCUCAACGGUGCUCUAGAAGUCCUGGUGGGCCCACCUCACCGACUGCCCACCGCUUGCCACUUCCUCCCGGAGCCACUUCACCUACGAAGAUAUCGCCCGUUUCUCCGAUCGUUAUGCCGAUAAAAUCACAGUGGCAAAAAGGAAAGCUAAUUGGGCGUGGUACUUUUGGAAGUGUCUACGUUGCCUCCAACAGAGAAACUGGAGCUUUAUGUGCAAUGAAAGAAGUCGAAUUGUUUUUCGAUGAUCCGAAAUCUGCAGAGUGUAUAAAGCAACUGGAGCAGGAAAUUAAAGUUCUCAGCAAUUUACAGCAUCCAAACAUAGUGCAGUAUUACGGUAGUGAAGUAGAUGGAGACCGGUUAUACAUAUAUCUGGAGUACGUUCAUCCUGGUUCAAUUAAUAAAUAUAUCCUCGAUCAUUGUGGAGUAAUGUCUGAAUCUGUUGUGCGGAGUUUUACUCGGCAUAUUCUCUGUGGUUUGGCUUACUUGCAUAGCACGAGAACAAUACACAGGGACAUCAAAUGUGCUAAUUUACUUGUCGAUGCAUCUGGGGUGGUCAAGCUUGCGGACUUUGGGAUGGCUAAACAUCUUGCUGGUCCGGCAGCUAACCUUUCCUUAAAAGGUAGUCCUUACUGGAUGGCUCCUGAGCUUUUACAGUCUGUGAUGCAGAAAGAUGCUAGUUCUGAUCUUGCUCUAGCAGUUGAUAUUUGGAGCUUGGGUUGUACGAUUAUUGAAAUGCUGAAUGGGAAACCUCCUUGGAGUGAGUAUGAAGGGGCUGCAGCCAUGUUCAAAGUUUUGAGAGAGACCCCACCCAUACCUGAAAUAUUGUCACCCGAAGGGAAGGAUUUCUUGCGUUGUUGCUUUCGCAGAAAUCCAGCAGACAGGCCAUCGGCAGUCAAGUUAUUAGAUCAUCGAUUCUUGAGUACCUCACAGAUGGAUGUGCUUCCUUGCACUCAGGGGUUUAAUGGGAUGAUUUUGAUGGAUAAAGCAGAAUAUUCGAGAGGGCGAACUUAAACCUUUGCUACAGUCUCAGGAUAUACAAACAACAAGAGGAGGAAAACUAGCAAACAGCUUCCCCCAUGGUUCUUUUUCUCCAGUGAGACCAACUGACAACCUUACUACGAAACUUCAAACUUUAACAGUUGGCUCGUAUCAUUUCCCUAGGUCUACUCUUGAGACCCUUCCUGGCUUAUCCCCUCCUCACAUGGGUUACAGCACAUAUGAUCCCAGCCCUUCUGCUAAUAUCCCCAGCUAUAGCAAAGAUGGUGUGAAAAGGAGUUGAUGCAGCUGAAGGAACAACUAUUUGUUCUUUUGAUAUGGUUUCUGGUAGAAGAAAAUCCGACAAACCGAGUUUUGAAUUAAUAAACUCCUCCAAAAUGAUGUGAAAGUGGCAUUUCCAUAUUAUGAAUCAUAACGGGGUUUCCUGAUAAAUGAAGAUACAACAGAAAGCUACAUCGCUUCGUAUGAGAAUUCUGUAUGGAAAUUGUGAUAAGGGGCUUGAUUUGACAAAUAUGUCGGAAGACAUUGUUGGACGAAGCUGCACCAGUAGGGUCUUUGCAUUUGUGGAUUGUUGAGGUCUGAUGAAGGUACGCUGAGGCUUCUUAGUCCUGGAUGAGUUCCUUGGGCUAUGCAUUUAGGUUGUGUAAACUAUUUUCUAUGUAAGAGCAGAUUCAUCAGUUACAGAAGUUCGUUGAACAUAUAUUUGUCACUGUAAUACCCCUAUUCGGGUACAAUUCGAGUCAAAAUGACCAGUACAUAGGAGAGUGUUUAUAGUUUAUUGUGAUCUGUAUCUCAUUUUUAUUUGCUUUUUUUUUUUUUUCACAGGAAUUCCUUUGUGUCUCUUUGUUGUUUUCAUUAUGUGGUUAGUUGUGCUAGUUGCAAUCUGCUUCUUGAACGUUUCGUGUAAGCCAAUGCAGAUUGAAGUUACUGAA